AGGGUUGCGCCACCCCAGACAGUGGGUGGCGGCCGUGGUGGUGAGCCGUGUGUGUUGUGGGGCUCAGUGGCGCUGCUGGCACUGGGGCGUGCGAACAUACGGGUCGUUUCUGCCAGUAAAAUAUAUAUAUAUGGAACAUUUGUGAUGUGGAACUCGGGUGUGUAGUGUGCAAACUUUAAUGUGAACGAGAAUGAACUAAGCACAAACCCUUCGUUAUAUAUCGGUUGUGAGAAAUCGUCCCAAAGAUGUCUUAUUCCACAACAGAGACAUGGUUUGAGAUGCCAAUAGCCUCCCCUGGAGGGACCAUCAGUGACACUCCUCUCCAGCUUCCCGACGGGCUUGAUAUUACACACUUUGAUAACAGUGACCUGGUCAAGCUGCUGGACAUUGACGGGCCAACUGACAACACCAAGCUGCUAGACGACUGCGUCAACUACACGGACCUUCUCCCACCAGCAUACACAGCCCCUCAGACCACACUACAAACCACCAACUAUAACAAUUACUUCGACGCUCAUGUGCUAGACACCGACUCUGUUCCGUACACCCAGCCACAACCGCUGACGCUGAACCUAGAUCAAGACUUGAACUUUAUUGGGCGCUUUGUGACACAGAGCCAGAUACCUGCGGCAGAAACCACCCGGGUACUUGUCAGUGAUGGCACCAGCCAGGCUUCUACACUCCCGCCUCUAAGCCCUCCUGAAGAAACCUUUGCUCCAGAGACCAAACCACGCCGACGGCAGCAGCAGCAGCAAGGCGACGCCCCUAAAGCGAAGCCUACUAGGAAACGUCGACCCAGAAAGCCUAAGGUUUACGAGAGGGAAGACCCCUUCGAGGACCUCGCAGCCGAGAAGCGCCGACUUAACGCCAUCAACGCCAAGAAGAACAGAGACUGUAAGAAGAAAAUGUUGGAGGAGCUGGACGAGAAGGUGAAGGCAGUGACACAGGAGAGGGACAAACUAGAGCAAGAGGUGCAGGAGCUUAGAGACAAGGAACAACAACUGCGAAACGAACUCGUCUCUCGGUUCGGUGUCACUUUGCCCUUCAUCUAGAGGCAACACAUACACUGAGGUUUCACCUAACUUCACAAUACAUGAAAUAUUUGUAGCUCAAUGAUAGGUUUGCUCAUAUACUAUUGCCAAUUGUGCAGGAUCAGUGACCGUGUGGAAAAAUUCGUAUGUGGAAGGAGUCUUGACAUAUGAAUACGCUCAUAGGGUUCUCCAUGGAAAUUGGUGUGAUAUUAAUUAUUACUGAAUUUAAAACAUGUUUACAAUUUAUUAGGAGCUUAAAUGUAUUAUUUUUUUUUAGUUGUAAAGUUGCCAAGUCACUAAAUAAUUGCAGUAGUGUGUAAUGAUAGUAAGCACGAACAAAAGAGUAAGAUGAAUAGUGUGCUAUAUUUCAUAAUAGAUUCUCAGACAUUGGAAUUACAUCCAGCGAGACGGUUGACCCUCUUUGUCAAACUAAUGGAAGAAUGAGUUGAUGCAAGUUGUGUGAUGCCCACCAUACUUAUCUCCUGAUACCUUAAGUGUGCUUCAUGCAACGCUUCCAAAUUUUUUGUACCUGAUGGGUUACAGAUUACUUCGUACUUAGGACGGCUCGCUAACGGAUAACAAAAUUAACCUAAUAUAAUUUAACUGAAACCAACCAAAUCCAGCUUAACGAUAUUUGGUGCAGUUUUAACAAAUAUACGAGCUGUGGGAAUCGCCUGUGUACGAUUUGAUUGUAUCCUACCUUUUGUAUGCGUUAGGAUGUUUAGAUGCUGUCAUUUCUUUUCUUGAUGUGUCAUACAUACACCAUAAAAACAUAUUAUACACAGUGGCAGUCAAUGAAUCAUUAUGUGGCAGUAUCAGUCUGCUAGUGUACUCCUGCCAGUCUGCCUUCCAAACUUGGCCAUGUGGAAGUCAACGAGAAAUUAUGUACAGUCUGUAAUUGCUAAAAUUUGGAAUGUUAAGAUCCUCACUAUAGUAUUGUUUAAUUAGGCUGGAAACGUUGGGGCUGUAUAGAAACUCUGGGAGGAGUGUAGACUUAUGCUUAACUAACGUGUUAGGGGCUUAUCAACAUCUCUGCUAACCCUUUGUAUUUUUUGUUAAGAUAUAAUAAGAAAGCCCCUACAGGAGAUUCGUUUGCUACAAAAUUAUUCUUUUAUCUGUCUUUCUACCUUGUCAUUGCUAUUAUCAAAGGGAUAAAAAUGUGGAUGAUGAACAUUUUCAAGAUUGAUUACAGGUUAUAUAACUUUCAAGACCAUGUUUGAAUCUGUGGACUGACUCCUUUGUAGUCUGAAAGCUUAUUUCAGUAUUUUUUUUUUGUAUUUACCACAAACCUUUUCAUAAAGUUAAAAGUUGACGUGUUUAUAAACUUUAAACAAACUCAUUUUAUUAUAUAUAUGCAUUGUAUUUUCUAGUCUGUUCGCAACAGAAUAUAAAAAAUUAUUAUAAUUAAAGUAUAUAAAAAAAAAUAAACUAAAUUUAAGAUACUUAU